CCGUUUCCAGUCAGCUGUUAGUUUCAAUCAAGUUACCUGUUAUAAAUGGAUUGUUGUCUGGUCAUAUAUGGACUCCAUAAGCCCUUGACCCAUGCUGAGUCAUGACUUAGGCUAGUUGUUUCUCAGCCUCCUGGCAGACUGUCACCCUUCCCGUGGGUCACUUAUAAAAUGCUCUGUGCACUAUUUUGGUUUGGGGCAAGGAAGUCUUAAUGUGGUUCGUGGCCAGCUACUUAACUUGCAGCCACACAUGGGAGGGCAUAGUUUUUGCUUUUUUGGUAUGGAAGCAUCUCCUAAUUCCUUAUUAGAAGAGCAAUACUCCUCAAAUUAUCCAUUCAUUCAUCAAAUAUUUUUGGACCAAGAGAGAGUUGCUACUUGCCCUUCCCUUGAUCAGGCUCACAGCUACAUCCCUAGCGUCACAUUUUAGGGAAAUCUACAUGCAGCUUCUUCAGUAAUAACUACCAGCCAGACACACCUGAGGGUCUAAAGCAGUACUUACUCCUCUUCCAUCUGUCCUUCAUGCCAAAGACAUCAAGCCUCAACCUGUGUCAUGGAGUCAAUAAUUAUAGGGGCUCUGGGAUCAGAUAGUCUUGGGUUCAGAUAUGGGUUCUCCCACUUCCUGGAGGAAAGGUGGUGCCUUGUGGACAAAAAACUGGACCCAGAACAGAUAUAAAAACAGAGGCCCUGGGGAGAGGAGCCGCCGUCAGGGAAAGACUCACUCCCAGUGACUGCAGAGAAGACAGCGCUGUCCCCUGCCGAGAUGAAGCUGCUGUUGCUGUGUCCGGGGCUGACUCUAGUCUGUGCCCACAAAGAAGGAAACCCUGAUGUUGUGAGAAGCAACUUCGAUAUUUCGAAGCUAGGGGCAAUUUCAGGGGAGUGAGAUUCCAUUCUCUUGGUCUCAGACGCCAAAGAAAAGAUAGAAGAAAAUGGUAGCAUGAGAGUUUUUGUGGAGCACGUCUAUGCCUUGGAAAAUUUUUCUUUGUUCUUUAAAUUUCAUACAAAGGUAAGUGGAGCAUGUACUGAAAUGUCUUUGCUUUCUGACAAAGCAGGAGAGGAUGGUGUACAUAGUGUUACCUAUGAUGAAGACAAUAAAUUUCGCAUACUUCAAACAAACUAUACUGAAUAUAUUAUUUUUUAUCUCAUGAAUGUCAACAACAAUGAAUCAUUCCAACUGCUGGAGCUCUACAAUCACUGUCUCCAGGCCCGAGGGAGUGGAGUGGCCCAGGCCUCCAGUUCAAUCCAAGAAGCACCUAAUGAGUCUCGUUGUUCUUGUUCUCGUCAGCUUACUUAGCACUGGGUGAGUGCCACCUCACUUGGGCUCCAGGAUCUUCUCUUCCAUGGUCCCCACAUCAUCUUGUGACAAGUUCUGUGACCCGAUUUCCAUCACUAUCGCACGUGAAGGCAUCAGCUCUGCAUCUUCAGGAUCUCCCCUAAUUAUCUAGGAAGACUCAUCAGCUCACCACAAAGCAAAGUUUCCUGCAAAUUUCUAACUCUCUUUGCCAUAUUCAGCACAACAGUACCAUGAAUAAGACCUUCCU